AUGUCUCGGAGCCGGAGGCGUCGCCUCGCAGCCGUCUUCCGCGGGGCUCCUCGCCGCCCUGUCUUGGAUCGCGAUCCCGACGGAAAAAACCUGAUCAAGAAGCGCCGGGUAGUCGUAUGGAGGGGGUUUGCUGGUGCCCUGUCGAUACAAGGUAAAAAACCCGACCUCGUUCGUGGUGAUGAAUUGAACAGCAACGGCGCGGACGAUCUGAUUGGCGCGUGUAUAUCCGCCUAUCAAUUGUUUGACAGGCGCUUGCUCAAAGACCUUGAGGGCCGCGUUGACGAGGCGGACAAGAAGAUCAUCAACGAAGCAUUACAAGACGUAGAGGAGGAUCUAGUCUCUGUCGGAUCCGUCCAUUCUGUCAGGACCCUCGGAAAGAGACUGCGUGAGCAAUCUUCAGUUGGGAAAGAGCCAGAGAACGCUGAUCAUGGAGAGGCUUUUGUGACCGCAUCUGUCGGGUCCAACGAAGAUCUUGGCAUUCUCGACGAGGACCUGAUGCGAAACCGUGAAGCUAGAGAGACCGGCUAUAUUGGCCAAAAUUCCGAGGUCCAGUGGCUGCGAAGCGUCCAACGCCAGGUAGAGCGUGGUAAUACGGACCCUCAUGGUCAGCGGCGCGGUCCGCCUGGUGCGAGUCUGGGAGCUAUUAAUGAAAGAUCCGACGCUUUACAUGAACGGAGACAAAACUCUAGACCAGGAUCCAUGCGCCACGUCACAGAUGCAACCUUUUAUCUGGACAGCGACGACAUUGAAAUCGACAUCGCCGUGGACCCAUACGAGAUGCCAAAUCCGGGCACUGCCGAGAAGCUCUUCAACUGCUACAACGAUACCGUACAUGGCACCUUCCCACUCAUGCCCGCCAAUUUCGAGGAUCAGUUUUGCCGUUACAUCCAAUCUAUACGGAAUCAGCGCCCAUACCAUGUUCCGCCCAAGUGGCGUGCGACAAUGAACCUGCUAUUUGCGAUUGGCGCGAAAUACUCUCACCUUACCGGCGCCGAAUGGAGAGGUGAUGAGCGAGACCAUUUAAUUUAUAUGACGCGGGCCGUUCAGCUCCUCGGAUUGAAAGAUACCAUGGCCUUCAUUGCAGCUCCCAAUUUGGACCGGGUUCAAGCCACAGGUACAUUAGCGUUCUACUUUCUGGUUAUUGGCCACGUGAGUAGAGCUUGGAUCAUGAUCGGGCUUUCCAUCAGACUCGCUCUGGCGCUUGGCCUACAUCUGCGUAACGAAGAUCCAUCGUUGGAUGAAGCAAAGCGAGAGCCGUUGGUGAAGCUUUGGUGGUGUUUACACUCAAUAGAGUGUCUCGUAUCCUCCAUAACAGGCCGCCCCCCUGUCAUCGCAAACGAAGAUUGUACAGUAUCUCAUCCACAGACCACGGGUAGGGCACCAGAUCAAGACAGUAGUGCUUCCCGACAAGCUUCCCGCAUUCGUACGAGCUAUAGUCCGCCACGAACAAAUGCGAGCAGCAGUACUUUUGAGUCUGGCAGGCAGAGUACUGGUGAAAGCCACUACUUCGUUACCUACAUCGACCUGACGCUCAUCUCACAAAAGGUUCUUCUCAACCUUUACUCGCCGCGAACUGCUAUCCAAUCUUGGGAGCACAUCCAGACAAAAAUCACGCAGCUGCUCAAGGAGCUUGAAGAAUGGUCAAAGUCUGCCUUACCACCCGAGGAUCACCGUACCAGUAGCUGGUCUCACAGACCCGACCUCCAUCGCGAACGCUUCCUGCUCAAGAUGUACUAUUGGAGUACAAUGAUUCUCAUAACCCGACCAUGUCUUUGCCGAAUUGAGCGACGCAUAGCAUCAGAGAGUGAGAGAUCCGUUAACUUCAAUGCAAAGAUGGCUGAAACUUGCGUUUAUGCCGCUCGACAGAUGGUAAGGCUGCUGCCUGAUCAACCGGAUACUGGCUUCAUAUACUCACAAGGACCGUGGUGGGACGUGGUUCAUAAUAUCAUGCAAACUAUGGCCGUACUGUUGCUUGAGAUGGCCUACGAGGGCAAGCAUCUAGCAGAAGAAAAAGCUGAUAUCAUCACGUCUAUUAAGAAGAUGAUACGUUGGCUCAGAGCGAUGCGAGUCAAUGACCCUGUCGCUUCUCGGGCUUACGACGUUGUUUACAAGAUCCUAAACACAUGUGCACCAGCUCUACGAGAGCAGGUCAAGGAGCUCGUUGCUGAUGACCAAGAUCAAGCUCCUCAGCCUCCACAUUCUGCACACUUGCGAAACUCCACGCUACGGUCGCAACCAGAUCUGUGGAAUACACCUGAUGUCACUGAUUUUCUACAGGAAGCGUCGCAAGGUCUAGCGCUGCCGCCUUUCCAGCAGCAGUUUGCUGGCCCCCUGUACCCCUAUCAUUGGUCUGAACAUCAGUCGACGUCUUUCGCUUUCGGUAACCCCUUCGUCACCAGCUUCGACCAGGGUACUCCUCUCGUCGAUAUGCAGAAUUUAUGGUGGCAUUCUGCAUCCCCAGCUAAUCUGGGAUUGGACCCUUCCGAGUUGGUCCUCUCUCAGCAACAGCAGAUGCAACAGCAGAUGCAGCAACAGAUGCAACAAACCGAAUUUGCAGAACGACUGGACAGAAAUGGGGAAUUCGAACAAGCACCUCAAUAG